AUGCCUCACCUCGCUACCCUCCUCCUAGCCGUCAUCACUGCCUAUGCCAUGGUGUCAGGACAGACACCCUUCCUUUCCAGCUAUGCAUGGACCUUGCAAAUUGAUCCAGUCUGGGACGUUCUUGGGCCCUUUCCAGUACAUGCUCGGGAACAGCAUUUCAUCUCGCCCUCCUUCCCUUUGAACUUGUCAGAACCAAUUGAUUAUCAACAAAUAUGGCCAUCAUCGUAUGCUGAUGGUGGCACGGUUGGCUGGUCGAAAGCCAACAUCGGCGUUGACGGCUACCUUGAGUUAUCCUUCCCGGAUAUACGCUGGAAGAGCCUGCGCUCAUACGAAGGUUGGGCUGCCCUGCAGCACCAUGCAGUUCUUAGAACAACGUUGACUUUGCACCCUCCUUCCGAUCCAAUUGCCGGCAGUCCUCGCCUGUUGUUUGAUCUUAAACAGGUGUCGUAUUUUACUAUAGUGCCCCAGCACGGCAGUCCAGCCUCUCCGGAGUGGCAUGCAGGAAAUAUCUAUGACAUGGAACGUGCACUUCCUGAGUUGGUUGAACUUCCUACAGAUCCUUCCCACUUGAGUCCAACGAAAUAUGACCUUUUCGUUAGUGGGGAUUAUGAGAUUAGGCUCUUCGGCGAUCCUCUUGUACGCAACAGUGACGUCCCAGUACAGAGACUCGGCAUCCGUGUUGAAGUCUUAAGCAGUACUUCUCCAGUCGUCCAUCAGAAAACCCAAGACGUGUCGUGCGACUUUUUAGAUGGGUAUGCCUUUGGAGAUGCGCUUGGUAUCGGAAUUCAAAGUGCCGCUGGCUGGUGGACGGUCAAAGGCGUCUCUGCUACUAGCAACCAAACGGGUCUCGAUAUCCUCCUCAGCGAUGUUUCUUUCACGAUUGCUCCAUCACAAACAAGGAUCUUGCCUUUACGCAUUCACCAGACGACUCCGUUCUUCGGCGAAACCAUCAUAUUUGACCUGACACUAGAAUCUGGAACCGACUCCCAGAUACUGUCCAUUUCAAUGCCCGUCACUCAGCGCCGUCUUCGUGAGAUAACCGGACGACAGGUCUUGAAAGGGUCAUUUUUCUUUGCGAGCUCUAUGCCGAGUUCUUUUCUUACUAUGCCACCUCCCAUGACAAAUGUUUCCUCAGCCUAUCCGCCUAUGUUGGCCUUACAUGGUGCAGGUGUGGAUAUCCUCGGACAGCCAUUUUGGCCUGAAGCACUCCCUGAAAAUAAGUUCAGUUGGACUGUCAUUCCUACAGGCCGAACUUCUUGGGGCUUGGACUGGCACGGACCUAGCGCCAGGGAUGCAUGGGCUUCACUCGAUGCCCUCUCAGCUAUGACACAUAGGCGUGAGUUAAGCCUCCCAGAGGGCUGGGUGAUACCUCCAGAUACCAAAGUCAUCGUGAUCGGCCAUUCGAACGGCGGUCAAGGGACAUGGUAUUUUGCAUCUCGAUACCCUGACAAAGUGAUUGCUGCUGUUCCUGCUGCUGCAUUUAUCAAAUCCCAGGCAUAUAUACCAUUGUCCCUUGCUAGGAGUGGCCAUUUCAUUGACCCUUCGCUACGCGCCAUUCUGGAAUCGUCUUUGACCCCAGACGACAAUGACCUGCACUUGUCCAACCUCGUCGAUACACGGGUUCUGGCAUUUCAUGGCGGAGAUGACGAGAAUGUCCCUGUUCGGCAUUCCCGCGAGUUAAGUUCCGCUUUGAAAGCGUGGUACCCUUCGGCGAAUAUAUCGUUCCAGGAAGACGCUGGCCAAGGCCACUGGUACUCGACUGUUCUUGAUAAUCCGAAGACUCUAGCCUUCCUGGACGCCGUUCUCUCAAAUCAUGACAACGAGGAGCCACAGUCACAAUCAUUUACUCUAACGGAAGGUACGCUAAAGAGCGGUAUACCAAAAACCUUUUGA